AUGGGCAAGAAGUAUCGCCUGAGCGCGCUGAAGGAGGCGCCGGUGUACCAUCCCACGGAAGAUGAGUUCGCCGAUCCUCUGCGGUACAUCGCCUCCAUCCGCGCCGAGGCGGAGGAGUUCGGCAUCUGCCGGAUCGUCCCUCCGAGUUCGUUCAAGGUCCCGUUCAAUCAGGACGCCGCUUCCUUCGCCUUCAAGACGCGCGUCCAGACGGUGAACGAGCUGCAGCUUCGGCUGAAGAAAGGGAAGAAUAGGAGCUUCAGGACUGAGUACGCCGACUUCAUGCAGAGCCGCGGGCAGAGCGUCACGCGCUGGCCCGUCUACGGCGGCAAGAAGCUGGACCUGCAGGCGCUCUACGACAACGUCACGCAGCGGGGCGGAUUCGACGCGGUGUGCCGCGCCAAGGGCUGGCGCGACAUGGCCAGGGUGAUGGACACGCCCGCCACGGUCACCUCCGCGGCGAUGGCGCUGCGGGCGCUGUACCAGAAGUGGCUCCUGGACUUCGAACAGCACAAGGCGCGACAGGAGAACCUCUCGCCCGCGGGCAAGGCGAAGGAGGCGGCUCAGACCAAAAAAGAGCAAGAGAGGCUCGCCAGGGAGGAGAAGUCCAAGGAGCUCAAGGACCGCGCCAGGCGGGACUCCAUCGGCGUCGAGGAGGAUCUGAUCGAGGCGCUGUUCGAGCUCGGCAACGCCGCCGCGCCGCCACCGAGGGCCAAGCUCGAGAUGGGCCUCGAGGAGGUGGCGCAGCAGCUCGAGGAGCAGCCCGCGGGCUGCGUAAAUUGCGGGGGAACCUCCCACGAGGAGUCCAUGAUCCUCUGCGACGGAUGCGACCGAGGGUACCACAUGUACUGCCUGUCACCGCCGUUGGAUGAGCUCCCCCAGGGCGACUGGUUCUGUCCCGACUGCAUCGCCGCCGCGAACGACGCCGAGGACAUCGGGUUCAACUCGGGCAAGACGUUCACCAUCGAGCAGUUCAAGGAGGAGUGCGCUCGUUUCGACGCGCAAUUCUUCGGCCAAGACGAGCCGGUCUCCAUCCCGGACAUCGAGGAAGCCUUCUGGAAGAUGGUCGAGGAGGGCAGCGGCAAGUCCGUGGACGUGUACUACGGCGCGGACCUCGACACCAGCGUCCACGGCAGCGCGUUCCCACGAACCUGGGACGCCGACCACGGGCCCGGAAAGCGACCGGAUGAACACAACGCCGCCGCGGAGCACCCGUGGAACCUCAACAACCUGCCCAGCGCGGAGGGCGAGCACCCGAGCUUGCUCCGUCAGGUCAACGACCACAUCCCGGGCGUGAUCGUCCCGUGGCUCUACGUCGGCAGCACGUUUUCGUCCUUUUGCUGGCACUUUGAGGACCACAUGCUGUACAGCGUCAACUACAACCACGUGGGCGCGGCCAAGACCUGGUACGGGGUUCCCGGCGCCGCCGCGGACGCGUUCGAGGAGUGCUUCAAGCAGGCGAUGCCCGACCUGUUCGCGGCUCAGCCCGAUCUGCUCCUCCAGCUCGUCACCAUGCUCUCGCCCUCUCUCCUGGUCAGCGAGGGCGUCCCCGUGUACCGGACGGAUCAACACGCGGGUGAAUUCGUGGUCACCUUCCCCAAGUCGUACCACGGCGGAUUCAACACCGGUUUCAACGUCGCCGAGGCGGUCAACUUCGCCCCGCCGGACUGGCUCAGGUUCGGGUACGACGGCGUGGAGCGGUACAGGCUCUACCGCAAACCCUCGGUGCUCUGCCACGACGAGCUGCUCUGCGUCGCCGCGGCGGAUUCGCCCUCGGAGGAAACCGCCAGGUGGCUCAUCGGAGACCUGAGACGGCUGACCAACGAGGAACGCGGCGCACGCGAGCAACUUCUCACCGACGGCGUCGUGCGCACCAGACGGUACACGCCGAGGAAGCUCGCCGCAGCCGCCAUGACGGCUAAGAACGCGCAGGAUGCGAGGGCGUCUGCGGGGAUCAAAUCCGAGUCGGACGGUGCGUCGCCCGAGGCGGACGCCGCGGCUACGGCGACCCGCGCGGCGAUGGACGCCGCGCUGGACCCCCUGGACGACGCGGAGAGUUUGCUACCCACGAGCAACGCGAACGGCGCGUACGAUCGCGAGUGCACCAUCUGCCGGUUCAUCCUUCACCUCUCCGGGGUGGCGUGCUCGUGCAAUCCCGACAGGGCGGCGUGCCUUCGCCACUCCGCCGAGCUAUGCGAGUGUCCAAACUCGCACCGCGUGAUGUUCUACCGCAAGAGCAUCGCGCAGCUCGAGCGGCUGUGCUCCAGCACGGAGCGCGCGUGCGGCAAACGCGCCAAGGUGAGCGAGAAGGAGAAGGCUUACGGGGCGGCCAAGUUGAGGCAGAAGCGCGCCGCCGCGUGGGUGAAGCGGGCCAAGGAGGCUUUGGAGCAAAAGUCCCCGCCGACGCCGACGACUGACCUCGAGGCUAUCAUGAUCGCGGCUGAGGAGUUCACGUGGGCGGGCACGGACAUGGACGACGUGCGCAAGAUGGCCGCGAAUGUCUCCAUCGCCAUCGCGUUCCAGAAGGAGCUCGCCAUUCUCAAGCGCCGCAUCAACCUCGGCGAGGACGAGACCGUGGAUGGCCGAACCGGAUGGGAGGAGCCCGAGCUCGACGACGCGGAUAUCGUCGUCGCCGCCGCCGCCGGCGCGCCCCUCCGACGCCGCCGUGGGGGUAAGUACGGCAAGGAGGAGACCCCCACGCCCGAGGCGACGACGAAGAAGGAACCCGCGGAGGUCAAGGCGGAGGUCAAGGCGGAGGAUGGCGUCCAGGAUGCGAUGGACGUCGACGCCAAGGAUGCCAACCCCAAGCCGAACAAGGACGGCAAGACCGGCGGCGUGGCCCCGCCGAGGCGCAUGUCCCUCAACAGGCUCCGGCAGCUUCUCGACGCCGCGCCGUUCCCGUUGCCCGCGGAGGAGGAGGAGAUGUUCCGCAGGGUUCUCGCCGCCGGGGAGGACCUCGAGUCGCGAGUGGUGGCCACCCUCGCGGAGACGCCCAACCCGAAUCCCAAGAAGUGCAUCUCGCUCGCCGCGGAGGUGGCGCGGGGCCCGAUUGAGGUCACAUCCGCGAGGAGGCUCAAGGAGGCGGUCGCCGCCGCGCACGCAUGGAGCGAGCGCGUGAGGCGCGCUUUACCCGGCCGGCGGCACCGACCCGCGAGAUCGGAGCUGCCCACGCUUGACCAACUCGCCGAGCUCAAAGCCGGCGCGGUCAACCUGCCCGUUCAGCCCAACGACCUGGACUCUGUGGACUCUGCGGUGGAGGAGACCCAGGCGUGGUCGACCAAGGCGCAGACGCUGAUGGAGCGCGUCCCCGCCGCGGAGAUUGACGACGCGGAGGCUCUCUUGGAGGAGGGUUUGGACCUCCCGUGCCAGUGCCCGCGGGUUGAGCUCCUCGAGGCGGCUUGCGAGCGCGCGAAGCAGUGGGUGGAGGUGACCAUCAAGGCUGACGAGCAGAACGCGAAGCUCGAGCGGCUCCGAUCGCUCCUCGAGGAGGGCGAGUCCAUGGCCGUGUGCCCGGUCACGGACCUCGCGGCGCUGAGGGAGCGCAUACGCGUCAGAGAGUGGGCGGACCCCGCCAAGCUCGUCGCCGCCGGCAAGCCCGACCCGAUUUCCCUGGAUGAGAUCCGAGCCGUCGUCGCGGCGGGCGCCGCCAUCAUCGAGGGCGUCAAGACCCCGGAUAAGGCACCCGAGCCCCCGGCACCGACGGCGAAGGGCGGUAAGAAAGGAAAGAAGGGCGGCGGCGGCGGGAAGAAGGCUCCCACGACGGAUGCCGAGUCGGAUGCCGCCGCGCCGCCAGCUGUGCCGCCCCCCGUCGACGAGGACCACGUCACCGACCAGGAGCGCGCGUUGCUGGACCGCCUGCGGCAGAACGUGGCCAACGGCGAGGCGUGGGAGAAACGCGCCGCGGCGAUGCACGCCGACGCCGAGGUUGGCAACCUCAAGCCCCUCGAGGAUGUCGAGAAGCUGGUGAAGGAGGCGCAGGCCAUCCCGUGCGCGUUGGCUCUCUUUGACGUACUCUACGACGCCUCCAACUCUGCCCGAUCGUGGGUUGAAAAAGCUCAGCAGUGCCUCAAGGGGAAGCAGCUCACGCGCCGGGGCGCCGCCGCGCCGCCCCCGACCUUGGCGCACGCCGAGCGACUCGUGCGAGACGCGAAUAAGUUCUUCGUGCAGGUCAAGGAGCUCCAGGCUCUGACAGAGAGGGUCGCGGAGGCGAAGGAGUGGGGCGAUCGCGCCGAGAAAGCCGUGGAGAGGUGGAAGGAGGAGGGCGCGGAGCAGACGUUCACGGAGCUCAUGCUGGACCACGAGCGCUUCGGACUCGAGCUUCCCGCCGCGGCUGACGUGCGCGCGUGCCUCGCGGCGCUCGAGUGGGAGCGCGAGGUACGUGACGCGCUCUCGAUGCCAGCCGCCGCCGCGGAUGCGAAAGAUAAGAAAAAGAGUCUGAGCAAAUCCGCGGAUUCGAGCCCCGCGAGCAAGAAGCCGGGCGGUUCGGAGCCCUUACCCCAGCUGGAGAUCCUCGAGGACCUGCGCGAGCGAGCCAAAGACAUCAACACCGAUGACAUGGAAGAGGAGCUGCGGGACGAGCUCGCGCGCAGGCUCGAGAAGAUCGACGAGUGGAGCGAGAAGGUUGACUCCGCGAUGGGCCUUAACGACCGCGUGGCGACGAAGCAAAAGCCCGCCAGCGUCCUUCAAGCCGCGGCGAACGCCGAGAAGAGGCCGACUCCCGAGGUUAUCCAGGAGCUCGUGGAGCAGGGCAAGAAGCUGCCCGCGAUUGUGCCGCGCGUCACGGAGCUGGAGACCAUCCUGGACGAGCACCGGCGGUGGGUGGAGGCGGCGAGGAAACUUUUGGGGCCGCCAAAGCCGAAGCCCUCCGCGGAGCAACUCGCCGAGGAAGCAGCCGCCGCCGCCGCGACGCAAGCCGCCGACCAGGCUGCGGCCGACGAAGAGUCCGCGACGGCCGCGGCGAAGGCUGCGGAGGCUGCGGCGGAGGCUGAGCGGCUGAGGAAGAGCAAGAAGAAGGGGAAGAAAGGGAGCAAGCACGUUACUCGUAAAGAGUCGCCCGCUGCCGCCGGCGCGGUCAAGGACGAGGAAGCCGCGGCCGAGGCCAGGGAGGUGGCGCGGAUGGCCGCCGCCGCCACUAGGGUCGCCGCCGCCGUCAACCAGCGACUCGCCGCGGCGAAGGACAAGGUCGACGACAGGCCCGCCAUGGCCGACGUCCUCGAGAUGCAGUCGACGGGCGAGGGCCUUCCGCUCAAAUCCGAGGAGGGCGUCGAGCUCGCCGCGGCGGCGGCGGCGAUGACGGCGUGGUCCGAGCGGCUGCGUAAGCUCCUGAUACGUCCCCGCAGCAGCGCCGGCGUCCACGCCAUCGCGGUGGACGACUCAAUCACCGCGCUGAAGCUCGUCGUGCAGUCCAUCAGGGCGGCGACCGCGGAUCUUGAGGGCACCGGCGAGCCCCCGGAGAGCGAGGAGGGCCAGUUUUGUCUCUGCCGGCAACCCGGCGGCCGCGAGAUGCUCGGGUGCGACGUGUGCGGUGACUGGUACCACCUGCGGUGCGCGGGGGUCACCGCCACGUUCGCGAGGAACGCGCAGAAGUACACCUGCCUCGCGUGCCAGGCUGCCGCCGGGGACGUGCUCAAGCUCAACAACCCCAAGGAGGUGUACAAGCACAUCCACCGCACUCGCCGACCCGCGCUGGUCAACCUGGGGGAGAUGCUCUUGGAGGCUAUGGACUUUGCCGGUAAGCUUCCAGAGGAGGAUCUUCUCGCUGAAGUGUUCGCCGAACACGCGGCGUGGCGCGCGGCGGUGGCGGACGCGCUCGAGCGCAGGUCCACGCUCGCUCCCCUCGAGAAGGAGGCGCGGGAGACAGCCGACAAGGCCAACAAAGCCGCGGAUGCGUACAUGGAACUGCGGGGCGCGAGAGAGGCGAGGACCCGCGCCGUCGCCGAACGCGCCGCGGCUGUGCAACACGCGCAGGUGCUGGCCGGCGCGACCGCGAUGGCGGCCGCGCUGCUCGGCGCCGGGGGCGGCGGGACGCACAACGCCGCGAUGGAGGCGGCGCAGCGCAUGGCGCACCUGCCGCCGGACCAGCAGCUCGAGGCGCUCGGGCAGCAAGUCGGCCAAGCCGCGGCCAUCAAGCAGCAGCAGCUGAUGCAGCUCAAGGGCGCGGUGACCGCCGCCGCCGCCGCGGGGCUCGCUGGGGGUAACGCGGACGAGGCCACCGUCGCCAAGGCGGCGGAGUCCGCGGCUCCCUUCGAGGCCAUGCUCGUGGCGCAGCUACAGGAGAUUGGAACCUUUGUCCACCAACUCGCCACGUGCCAGCAGUCCAUCCAGCAGCAAAUUGCCGCGGCGCCGCGAGCGGCGCCGGGCUCGCAGGAGGCGGCGACGCAGCAGUACCAGGUCAUGAUCCAGGUCAUGAUGAUGCAGCAGCACUUCCUGACCCUGAGCAAGCAGCACGACAUGCAGCUCGACGCGCUGGGCAGCGGACUCAUGGAGCAGCAGAGGGUAGCCGCGGCGGCGGCGGCGGCUGCCGUGGAGCAGGACGAGGAGGACGACUCCCAAGCCGGGGACGAGCCGCCCGCCGAGGCUGCGCCCAAGGAGGAGGCAGACACCGCCACCAAGGCGGACACCGCCAUCGAGGAGGAGAAACCCGAGGCGGAUGCCGAGAUUGCGGAGGCUGCGCCCGAAGAUGCGAAGGUCGAGGCUGAAGAGGAGCCGAAGAAGGAGGAGGAACCCGAGGUGAAGGCUGAGGAGGCCGCUCUCCUCGCCACGAACGAGGACGUUCCCAAGUCCAAGUCCCCGACCCCGCCCGCACCGGACCCGCCCCAAGCGCCCAAGCCCCGCCGCAAGAAACCCCCGGAGCAGCCCAGCGAGGAGGAGAAGGAGCUCGAGACUGUGGCCAUGGAGCUCGCGAAAAUCGCUCAAGCCGCCGCGGAGAGGCUGGCCGCCGUCACCGGGCCGGGUAACCCGCUUCGGCAGAUCUUCGCGGGUCUCAAGGGGGCGCUCGCGAUGGAGAUCGACCCGAACCCGCUGGAACCCGAGCUUCCGAGCCUGCUCCGCGAGGUGUGCGGCGCCGCGUGGCGCGAGCGCGCCAACGCGGCACUCGCCGAGAAGGUUGGCUCCGCCGCCGACGCCGCCGACGCCGACGACGUUUCAAAGUUCCCGACGCUCGCGGUUCUCACCGAGCUCCGCGAGACGGGCGUCGCGGCUGGGGUGAUCAUCCCGGGGAAAACGGCCGAGGUGCCGGGCCCCGACCCGCUCGGCGACCGGGUGCAGGAGACGGAGGCUAAGGGCCAGGCAUGGCUGGAUCGCGCGGCGGAUGCGGUGGACGGGAGCAAGAACGUCCCGGUUGAGGAGGUUGUCAAGCUGAUGGACGAAGGUCGCGCGCUGCCGAUCAACCUCAAGGACGAGCUCGAGGAACUGGGCGAGCGCUGCGAGGUGUACUGCCUUUGCAAGACGCCUUACGACGCGUUGCGACCGAUGAUCUCGUGCGAUAAGUGCGAGGGUUGGUUCCACUACGACUGCUGCGGGAUGGCGCCGCCCACGGAGGAGGAACCCGAGGAUCCCGACAUUCACUUCACGUGCCCGCCGUGCUGCAAGUCCAACGGGAGCAAGUACAAGCCCUUCAGGCCGCUGCCCGUCAAGAAACAGCGAGAAUCAUCCUCCGAGGAACAGGGAGACGAGAAAGCGGACGCGGAGGCGAUUGUCGAGCGAUCGGAGGAGGACAUCGACGCAGUUGCGGAGGCUCUGACCUUGGGCCUUCCCAUCAGCGCCAAGGAGGAGGCCAAGGAGGAGGCCAAGGAGGAGGCCAAGGAGGAGCCGGAGCCGGAAGCGGAGCCGAUGGAGACGGACGAAAAACCACCACCCGAGGCGGAGGCUGCCGCCACACCGGUGGCAGACACGAAACCUCCCAAGGAGGAGGUCACGGUUGAGGAGGAGAAGAAGGAGGCGCCGCCGGAGGAACCAGCCAGGGGCGGCAGAACCACGCGACGGAGUAGACGGUGACGUGCUUUUCUGUUUUACCUUCGAAGGUACGAAGGUAGUUUCAAUUCAAGGCUAGUUUCAAUUCAUGC